AUGGACCCGAAUAGUCAGCCGGCUUUUUCGAGCACUGUCUAUUUUGUUCCCAGUGGCAGUUCUGGUCAUGGAUUAAACUUGGUCAAGACACUCGCAUCAGUAGGUAACUCAGUAGUGAUAACAACUGCUGCUAAUCCUGAGAUGUCAAUAGACCUUCAAAAUUGGGUUAAGAACCAUUCAAAUGUACAUGUUUUGAAGUACGAUGGGUCGAAUGAGAGCGAUGCUGACGACGUAGCCAACCAAAUUAUCGAGCUGACAGGCGGUAUCGAUGUAGUGGUCAACACCAGGACCUGGUGA